CCUAAACAAAAGAAUGUGACCAUGUACGGGAUAUUAGCUCGUGAUGCGAAUAAACCAGAAGCUUUUUUGUAUCAGGCCUCGUUUAAGUAGUUAAUCUGAAAUGUGAAUAAACCAGAAGCUUUCUUGUCUCCUGCCUCGUUUUAGCAGUUAAAUGGACAAAAAAUCGUCUGUCAGCAGUCUAGGGAUAUUCGCGCCCAAACCUUUUAUUUAUAACCGAGCCGACUAAAGCAUAGAAGAGCGUUUAUCUAAUUCUCUCGACCAUGCUUAUUUUGUGCAUCGCAUACUUGACUUUAUAACAAAUAUUUUGUUAAUUGACAGUACCCUUUCUUCAUUUUAUAACAAUAAACAUCUACACUUCAAGUGUAAGACGAGUCACAAAUGUGACGCCGAAGGGGAAGAGCAAUAUCAGCAUGCUUUAGUUUAGACAGUUUAUAUCGAACACCAUGUGUAUAGAUCUGUGUCAGUGUUUUACAGAAUUCAUCCCGUACGUAUUUCUGGUUCUUCUGCCGUUACUGGGCUCAUUCAGUGGUACAGACGUUGUUCUGCGCUGCUCGUUGCUUCUGUGUGUUCACUCUGUUGUCGUGGAAAUCACACCUAAGCUAUGGCGACCUUUAAAGCCUCUGCUACACUUGCUGGUAUUUUGGGUGCUGGCUUCUCUACCACUCAUCUGGGUGCCUCAGGUGCUAGUGUGGUGCUACAAACAUCUGGUCUGGCUUGCAGAGCCCUUAUUUCUGGUGGCAGAGGGUAUUCUGGCCCAGAAUCUUGUUAUGCGAUGUGGUCAACUUGCACGAGAAAAAAUUACAAAGAAGAACAAUCCUGAGAUUUGGAGGGCAUUGAUAGCAAUUUUUUCUGCUCUUUGCUAUGUUUGUUCUGCUGCUUGGUUUUGGGAGCUGUACCUUGCAGGAACUUCCUUACAGAUUGGUUGUCUUUUUUUUGUGCUGCUGAUGAUCGUCAGUGUCCAUAAUAUGUUGUGGAUGGCUCGUCUAGAUGUAGUAAGUGAUGCUGCAUUCUGCACUGUUUGCCUGGUGGCUUCACUUGGAGCAAUGUUUAUGGAGACAAAAAUUAUCUCUUCUCCCUUCCAAAUCCCAUGGCAGUGGCGACUUGAGCCAUCAAGCAGCAUCCUGGAGAUACUAUCAUCCAUUCUGACAACAUCCACAGAUGAAGGAAACCAUGCACUGAAGUUCUUGAAGGGUAUCAUCACACCAUUCUUCAUGCUGACCUUAGUCCUCCGACUGUACAGCAUCAUUUUCAUCUUUGCAAAGUUAACCAAUAAUUUUAGUGAAAAACUGGAAAUUCAGGAAAUUACAGAAACAAACAAAGAAAAAAUUAUGGAUGCCAUCACUUCUUGGCAUACCCCCUUGACGAUGAAAGUGUCCAUCAUCUUUAUAUUAACUCAGCUGAUUACGACAUACUUGAGCAUGUCCAGUGGACAAUUUCUGGCCUUUGUAUCAGGAGCAUCACCAGUCAAAAUGUCAUACUGGCCUAGAGAAAUACUUCUAGGUCGUAUGCUGCAGAUUGUUAGUAUUGCAGUAUUUUAUAUGUGGCGCCUUUGCCGGUCAGAAGAUUGGAAGUGGAUCAAAUGGUUGACUCCAUGAGAAGAUUUUGCACUUUUGACUUACUCUCCUGUAUUUUAUAAAAGGAUACAUAAUAGCUGAAUUUCACCACUGCAUGAGUAUCAUUUCUAAAGACAAUUACUAUUAAAUGUAAAAGUACACACCAAAAGAAAGAAUUGGAGAGCAAUCAAGAAACAAAGGCACAUGUAUUUACUCUGUAUCCACGUAAUACUUUGUUUGAAUGUCUUUGCUUAAGGUUUAAGAAAGAGUGCUGUAAUCUUUUCUCUUUUAGUUUAUUCCACAUGUAAAAUUGUUUUUCUUGUAGUAUUUUACAUUCUGCAUCACACCAUCAAUAACUGCUUAAGGACAUAUUUUGUACAUUGAAAGUGCUGUUUCUCAUUGGAGAGGUGAAGCAUAAGUGUUUCAUAGUAUUUUAAAGUUUUACAUUACUUUUUUUAUCACCCAGUACUGAAACACUUUUUCUUCUGUUAAUAUGGUUUUAAUGUUCAAAAACUGGUUGACAUCCAGCUUUACAUGUCAAGUAUUUUUGAAGACAUUUUAUUUACUUUUAAGCAAUUUUCUGUAUAUCUGUUAAAUGGCUGGCAGCAUUAUUUAUAAGAUAUAUUUAUACAAGUUAGAUAUGAAUUGACUUUAUUAUUUGGAGUAAUUGGGUAGACAAGUAAAUAGAUCAUUGAUUCUUUUAUACUUUUGUACACAAACAAGUGAAUGUAUUGUGAUUUUUGAACAAAUGAUCAACUUAGUUAUCACCACCAGCAAAAAAAGUUUUAGUUGCAAGUUUAUUUUUCAGAUUCUGUAAAGUUUCAGUUAGAAGAUAAAAAUGUAAUGGACUGCUUAAUGCACAGAUACAUUUGAAUGCUUACAAAAAAAAAAAAAAAAAGCACUCAAACAUCCAAACUGUAUAAGUCUCUUAUCA